AUGCCGAACGGGUCGGAAUAUCGGGUCCUGAAACAAGAGAACAAGAGAGAAGCGAAAUUGAUGGAAGAAGGAGACGACGCAAGGAGAGAAGCAGCCAUAGCUGCGUCAGAGUGUCUGCAGCCCAAUUUUGUGCCCAAAUCGAAACAAAUUACCUCCGCCCACCUCUCCAAGUUACGGGAACUUCAUCGGAGGCGGUUACAGAUAAAAUCGAAAUCACAAACUAAAAAGAAAGUCAAGGGAAAUGGAAAGUCCAAUGAGAAAUCUGUUAAUGUGGGAAGAUUAGCAACUUCAUCCGAUCCGGACAACUCAAGCGUUUCUGGCAGUUGCUCUUCUCUCAAGGGAGAAAGUCCAUCAAUACCUCCUGCUUCGACUCCGAAGCGAAUGAAGCUACACUGGGGACUUGAUACCAAGGAGAGAUGGGAGAUGAAAGCCAACAUGUAG